AUUAUUAUACAAGCUUUUACAAACAAUUUAAAAAAAAUAUAUAUUUGUGUUAUUUUUACAAACGUGUGUUUUGAAUUUUAUUUCGGUUAUUACAUGUUUUAAUUUUAAACAUGAAUUUUACCAACAGCGAACUUGAUAAACUUGGUCAUCAUAAUUUAAUAUUUCUCAAUCAAGUUAAAGACGAGCACAAAGAUGAUGUUAAUAAAACAGUUAAAACCAUGUUAAAUCAUCCAGCUUAUGGGAAUGACGAAUAUAAAUGGACAUUAAAUGAUUUUGAUAUAGGCAGUGCUUUGGGUAAAGGUAAAUUUGGGCGUGUUUAUUUAGCUCGUGAAAAAAAUACUAAAUAUAUUGUUGCUUUAAAAACUCUAUUUAAAUCAGAACUUUCAAAAAAUAAUGUUGAAAAGCAAGUGCUUAGAGAAAUUGAAAUACAGAGUUAUUUAAAACACCCAAAUAUUUUACGAUUUCAUACCUGGUUUCAUGAUGAUCGACGAAUAUAUUUAGUGUUGGAAUUUGCAGCCAAAGGUGAAUUGUAUGGACAUUUAAAGAAGGCACCAGAUGGACAUUUUGAUGAACAUUUAUCUGCAAAAUAUACGUAUCAAGUUGCGGAUGCUUUAAAUUAUUGCCAUAUUAAUAAAGUAAUACAUCGCGAUAUAAAGCCAGAAAAUUUAUUGUUAUCUGGUGAUGGUAAUGUAAAGUUGGCUGAUUUCGGCUGGUCCGUGCAUGCACCAAAUUCGAGGCGAAAAACCAUGUGUGGAACUCUUGAUUACUUACCUCCAGAAAUUGUCAAUCAUAAUUCAUACAAUUUUUUGGUGGAUAAUUGGUGUUUGGGAAUUUUAUGCUAUGAAUUUUUAUGUGGUUAUCCGCCAUUUGAAACGCAAUCACAAGAAGAGACAUACAAACGUAUUACUACCAUAACUUAUAAAUUUCCUCAUCAUAUUACAAGCGGUGCUAGAGAUCUCAUUUGUUCGUUGUUACGAAGUAAUCCACAGAAUAGAUUAACAUUACCACAAGUAAUGCGUCAUCCAUGGAUUGUUAAAAAUAAGCAAAAACCACAGUAGAUUUUUUAUUACAAAAGAGAAGUUGCAUAUUUUUUUAAUUAUUAAAAAAUAUUUUUAAUUGAUUUUUCAUUUUUAAACUAUAAACUUAAACGACAGUGACGUCAAAACAUCUCUUUAGUAACGCCACCCAUGGAAAAAUGAUAAAAUAACAUGCAUUUAUCAUCUAUAAAUGGUUUAUUUCUCAACUUGCUCUCACCAUAUUAUAAUGUAAUAGAAACAAGCCGAAAAAUGUGAUUCCAGCCUUAAUGGGUGUAAAUACGCCACAAACAAUAACAACAAGUCUUUUUUUUUUUAAAUUACAUAAAUAUUACUUUAUACAUGAAUAUUAUACAAAAAAAAAAAUUACUGCAACUUUUCUACUAUAUUAUUAUUUUUUUGUAUUUUAUAAAUUGGGUAUUUUCAUGUAAAGAUUUUGCACAUAAAAUUAUUUUAAUAAAAUUCUUUGAUAUAUUAUACUCCGAGUCACAAAAAACGCACGGAUUUACAUAGAGUAUAUAUACUAAAAUGUGCUUUUUUCGUGUUUUUUUUGUGACACAGAGCUAUAUAAAAUAUCCAAAUAAGUUUAAAAUUUAAUUUUAACAAAUGAUUUUUAAAUAGGUAAAUAAAUAAAUAAAAAUGCUCAAAUAUGUUAUAAAAAUCACGCGACGCGAAACAUGAUAUGCUUAAUCUACCGUCAUUGUGCAUAUUAUUAUUACUUAUACAUUAUACAGGGUGUCCUAUAAGUGUCGCACGUUUUUGUUGUAUCAAGUAGAAAAUAAAAUUCUAAGACGAAAAGUCCCCUUCCAUUUUUUGAUCCGAUGCACGGAUAGUUAGCUAUUAAUUAAAAUAGGCAGCUAAUCAGAGGUAUUGUAACUAAAAAUAAAACCAUUCGACUAUGACUUAGACUGACUAAUUAAUGAUUUUUGAUAGAUUAAAAAUAAAUUAUUAAAUAGUUAUUAUUGUUAUUAAAAAAAAAAAAUUAUCUAGUAUUCAGUUUGAGCAGAGAGUCGAGAGCUUUUAAUUU